AUGCGGACAACCACUCUGCUAUUGGGCCUGGGCCUUUUGGUUCUCUGCUUUUCGAGCUACAGCAAUGCGGCAGAUGAUUCGACCACUCCAACUGAUGGCAGCACUACACCCACAGAUGGCAGCACCACCCCAACUGAUGGCAGCACCACUCCCACUGAUGGCAGCACCACCCCCACUGAUGGCAGCACCACCCCAACUGAUGGCAGCACCACCCCUACUGAUGGCAGCACUACUCCAACAGAUGGCAGCACCACCCCAACUGAUGGCAGCACCACACCAACUGAUGGCAACACCACUCCCACUAAUGGCAGCACUUCUCCGUCGACUGGAGGCAGUACCUCUCCCUCAGCGGGUGUUGCCACAAGUCCUGCGACAGGAUCCCCCGGCGCCGCCUCUGCGGUCGGCAACAGCAACGGAAACGGAAGCAAUAACAAUAGGAAUGGAAGGAACCGCCGAAACCGCCGACGUCGCCAGCAGGCACAACGUCAACGCCGCCGUCAAAAUCAACGCAGGAGGAACCGCUUGAACCGCAGAAACAACAGUAUCACCAGGAACGGCUGAGCUGUCAUAAUUGGGUUUAUUAAUUUACUCAAAGAAAAAAGCAUUAAAAAAAGGAAUUCCUAAAAAGUCUUUAGUACAGUUUUUCUGAAAAUAACUAUUUUGAACUAUUCCAUAUCCCACUUGUUCUAUAAGUGAUCCAUAAAGAUAGUUGGUGUUGUGACAUCUGGAAACAAUCUUAACCUUGGCGGAAAACUAUUCAGUAAUACGAAUACAUCUUAGUUUUUAAUUUGCAUUUCACUUAAACUUUGAUAUUGGCAUGUUUCCUAUACGAUUCGUUAUCACUUAUGCACACAGACUCUCCAGUUUAAUAAACUCAUUUUAACGCAAAACGUGAUUGUCCAUUAA